UUGGAAAAUGUAAGAAGUCUACUGCAACGUUUCAACAUUUUUGUUGGUGAGAAUGACUCUGAGGCUGAACAACCACAGCAAUUGUUGAGUGAAGUUACCUUUGAAGGAAUAGUAAAGUAUAUGCUUUCCGAUAAAUGUAAAAAUAUUAUUGUCAUGGCUGGCGCUGGCAUUUCUACGUCAGCGGGCAUCCCUGAUUUUAGAACUCCCGGAACUGGGUUAUAUGACAAUUUACAAAAGUAUGAUCUGCCGGAUCCAGAAAGCAUUUUUAGAUUAAGUUAUUUCAGAGAGAAUCCUUCUCCAUUUUAUUCCUUAGCGAAAGAAUUAUAUCCCGGCCGUUAUAAGCCCACGUUGAGCCACUAUUUUAUUAAACUGUUGCAUGAUAAAGGAUUGCUCCUCCGUCACUUUACUCAGAAUAUCGAUACUCUAGAACAUUUAGCUAACGUACCUAAAGAAAAACUUAUCGAAGCGCAUGGCUCUUUCUCGGCUGCCCAUUGCAUUAAUCACGAUUGUCAAAAAGAAUACUCUUCUGAUUGGGUUAAAGAACGUGUCCUUCAAGAUAUAAUUCCGCUGUGCUCCAAUUGCAAUUCUCCUGUUAAACCGGAUAUAGUGUUUUUUGGUGAAUCCCUUCCUACUAAAUUUUUCGUUGCUACGCAUGAGGAUUUCCCACAAUGUGAUUUAUUAAUCAUAAUGGGAACUUCUCUAAAGGUGCAACCAUUUGCUUCAUUAAUUGAAAGAGUACCUGAUGCCACCCCUCGUCUUUUAAUUAAUUUGGAAAAAUGUGGAACGCGACCUAAAUUAUUUGGAGCGUUAGGCAUAAAUGAAGGAUUAAGCUUUGAUUGUGAGAGUAACUACAGGGACGUUUUUUGGCAAGGAACUUGUGAUGAUGGGUGUUUUACACUUGCUGAAGCUCUUGGAUGGAAAGAGGAAUUAUUACAAUUGAAAGAAAGAGGCCAUAAAAUUUUGAUAGAGAAAUAUCCUCAAAUGGUGACUAAAGAAGCAAAAGUUUCACUGAUUUCUAGUGCGCCUGAGCAACAUUCUCAAGCUGUAGAAAGCAAAUCAAAUGCUGAUGGAAACAAAGAAUCUACAGAAGAUGAAGGAAGCCAAAAUUUCGAUGCAAUUGCUGUUACCCAGGAACAUCAAAUUAAUUAA